CAAGUGGAAGAAGACAGUGAUGUUGUGUUACCCUGCUCUCUCAGGACCAAGGAGGACAUCACAUCUGAACUCUUUGUCUGGAGGAAAGAUGGAGGUCUGAAGGAGGUGUUCCUGUAUGUGGCAGGCAAACAUUACAACAACGGUCUAGUUGGUCAGAGUGAAGAGUUCAAAGGUCGAGUCUUUCAUUUCCAAGAUGAACUGAAACACGGCAACGCCUCCAUAAUCAUCAGAAAUACAAAGAUAUCUGACAGUGGAGUCUACAGAUGUGAUUUUCCUCAUCUUCAGCCACGUCAAACGUUCUACAUUCAGCUUGUUGUUGGUGCGGCGCCAAAACCAUAUGUCACUAUACUUGAGGAAACAAAGGACCGGUCUCUGCUGCAGUGUGAGGUUCACGGUGAUCCAGAACCUGAAGUAGAGUGGCGGGACAGUGCUGGAAACACACUUCCUGCUGAGAAGACCCAGGUUGAACCAAUAGGAAACCUUUUCUACAUCACUCUCAGAACUACUGUGACCCAGACCGGCCUCUAUCGCUGUGUGGCAACACAGGAGACCAUCAGCCAUCAGGUCUCUGAUGAGAUCUACGUGUAUAUUCAUGUUUCAGGACUCUCCACUGGAUGGAUUGUUCUUAUAGUUGUUGUUGCUGUUGUUGUUUUUGUUAAUGUUGCUGGUGUUCUAGCUCUAAUGUAUGGAAACGAGGACUACAUAGCAUAUUGUCAAAUAAAAGGACUCUCCAAUGGAUGGACUAAUUGUCUAGUUGUUCUUGCUGCUCUUGGUGGUGGUGUUAUAGCUCUAAGUGUGCUUGUAAACAAGGGCUACAUUAUAUUACAUCAAAAGAAAAGGCGAAGAGUCAUCACAGUGAAAGAAGGGGCUGAUGUUGUGUUACCCUGCUCUCUCAGCACCAAGGAGGACAUUACGUUUAAAGUGUUUGUCUGGAGGAAAGCUCCUCAGGAACAUGAAGGUCAGAAGGAGGUGUUCCUGUAUGACAAAGGCAUCGAUAACAGAGGUCAGAGUGAAGAGUUCAAAGGUCGAGUCUCUCAUUUUCAAGAUGAACUGAAACACAGCAACGCCUCCAUAACCAUCAGAAAUACAAAGAUAUCUGACAGUGGAGAAUACAGCUGUUAUUUUCCUCGUCUUCAGCCACGUCAAACUUUCUACAUUAAGCUUGUUGUUGAGCCAAAAGUCAAAGUGAUCGUGCAACAUGGCCGUGAUGCUGUGUUACCCUGCUCUCUCAGCACCAAGGAGGACAUCACCUUUAAACUCUUUGACUGGUGGAAAGCUCCUCAGAAAGAUGAAGGUCUGAGGGAAGUUUUCUUUUAUAACGACGGCUUUCAUUACAACAAUGGUGGAGAUGGUCAGAGUGAAGAGUUCAAAGGUCGAGUCUCUCAUUUCCAAGAUGAACUGAAACACGGCAACGCCUCCAUAAUCAUCAGAAAUACAACGAUAUCCGACAGUGGAGAAUACAGAUGUGAUUUUCCUCGUCUUCAGCCACGUCAAACAUUCAACAUUGAGCUUGUUGUUGAGCCGUCAAAGGUCAUCAAGGGAAGAAGAGACAGUGAUGUUGUGUUACCCUGCUCUCUCAGCACCCGGAGGACAUUACAUGAAACUCUUUGACUGGAAGAACGAUGAAGGUCUGAAGGAGGUGUUCCUGU